AUGUUUCAUAUCUUUCGUUGGCGUCGUGAAGGUAAAGAUGACAAGAGAACAACAUCUGAUCCGUUAGUUAGUGAAGAAUAUAAAAUAGAACAUGCUCGACAACGUCGCUCACGGAAACAAUCUGAAAUUCAACAUCAUCAAACUAUAUUUCAUACAAAAAAAACUCGAUCAUCUUCUGAUAGUGAUAAAUAUCAGGUAGUUAUUAAUUAA